AUGCCAAGUACACGCUGGAGCAUGCACAUGUGCACCUUCGAGAUACGCUGUCGCAGGACGGUCUCGGCCGCUACUCCCGCCGCGCGCGAUCUGGGCCAGCAGCUUUCGGAGGGAGGCCGCGGGAGCAGGAGGGGUAUGCCGAUCAAGCAGGAGGUCGUUGAGCAGCUGACAGGGAAGUGGCAGAUCGGCCUCUUCGAAGCGCCCAUCAAGGCCCCGCACUGGUGCCUUGCGGGGUGCUGCUGUUGCUGCUGCAUGGUGGGCAAGCAGCGUGGCGACAUCCUGGAAGUCAUCGGCGAGCCGUACGUGUGCUGCGGCGGCAUGUUCCCCUGCGGCCCCCUAAGCGAGCCGCAGGACCAGAACUGCAUGUGGGCCGAGGCAUUCUGCUGCACCAGCUGCGCGAUCUCCGCCAACCGCUUCCUCAUCCAGACCCGAUUCGACAGGGAGAACACCUGCUGCGACGACUGCAUCUUGUGGACCGUGUGCCUGGCCUCCUGGGCCGUGUGCCUCGUCCAGUGCGUCGGCUUCGACGUCCCCCAGGAGGUCGAGAACGUGGUCGACUGCAUGGUCAUGAGCGUGAACGGCUGCAUGCUGGCCCAGCAGCAGCACGAGCUCGAGCACGUGAGGAGCACGGGCUUCACUGGCGUCAACCCGGCCAUCAAGUGCAUGCUCGCCCCGAAUCAGCAGCACAUGAUCUCGCAGGGCGGAGCGGGGAUGGCGAUGGCCGCUGGCGCGGCCGUCGGCGGAGGGGCGGGGGGCGCCGUCGGGUACAGCGCCUACGGCGGCCAGCCGGGCUACGGGAAGCCACAGCAGCAGACCAUCGGCCAGCCACUCGCGAAUGGCAUCGUGCAGGGCCACGUCGUCCGCUGA